UUUGCAAAAGAAAGACUGUUAAAUUGAGUUUGAAGGUUUAGUCCUUAUAUGAGGGAAGUUAAACAAGAGUGCAAAAGUUUGAGCAAUUUUUGGGCAUACUGCUUUUGUUUCUUUAUUAGCUACUUUUGUUAAGGCACCUAAAAUAAUACACAGGAGGGCUAAAAAGGUAGGCCAAAAGGCGAUACGACAAGAAACCUCAAUGAAGAACUCUUGCCUUUAGUAAUCAGAAGAAAGGAAUAAUAAGAAAGUAAGCUUUCAUUAAAUGAUCUCUUAUGCAAAACUUUAAAGCAUUCUUCUACGACCUUUUUCGACUCACAAUUGUUCUCGUAUUCUUUUCAAACCAAACAAGUUAGCUCACUAGAGAGAACAAUAGUUGUUUCCAAUGGAUCCAAAUAAUCCUCUUAUUUAGCCAUCUUGGAUUAGUCUAGUGGUUGUCGAUGAGAUCCAUGAUGACUUCCCUAAAAUUUAAUACUUUAUAAAUUAUAUUUGUCAAAUAUCAAGUAGUUUUUAGUUUUAGUUUUUGUCUGAGAAUAGUGAAUACGCACAAGUUAAACUAGGCACUUACACAAAUAGAAAAAGAAAAAGAAAAAAGAAGAAUGAAAGAUGCCAAACAAGUCAUAUUACACAAUAAAGUUGGCCUACCGGAGAAGGCUAUAUUUCUGUAAAAGUAGAGGAUCUCAAAUGAUGUGCUCCAAAAGCAUUUUAAAAAUGUGAUUCUAACAAGUCUUCAAAACCUUGCGGCUCAGCUAUACUUUGAGAAAAGUUGAUACAACCUAUGGCUAUGGCUUGGAGACGUGUGUUAAGAGAGUUUCUAAGGUCCAUAAUUGCUGAGAAGGUAAAUUGGAAAAGCAAAUCUAUAAUACGUUAAAACCAAAUGUGUCAACAAUCUUUUCUUUGGCCGAUUUGAAAAGAUUGGUGAGGUAAUAAAUGAAAGAGAACAACCAUAUAAUAUAAUGUAAGAAGUCUUUUUCUUUCCUAUAAUAUGAAGAAAGAUCAAACGAUGGACAUAUGUGAUGUAAUAUAUAUAACAGUCCUUUACUCAUCUCUCUGUUAAAAAAGAAAGCAAGAAAAGUUGGAAAGUUUCUAAUUAGGGACAGAACUUUAAAAAGCUCAGAAAUGGGACGACCUGACCCGUCUAUUUCAAAAAAUUAGGACACAUUUGAACAGGUUUUCAUUUUAGAAAAUGAACAUGUAAAUUUAAUGUAAGAAUAAUUUACUUCAAAAACACCAAAUAACUGAAGAUGUUAAAGGGUUUGGUUGUUAUGGCUAGAGGAUGAAGAUGUACUUGGUGAUCAAAACAGAACUAGACUACGUUGUAGAAGUCACAGCUUAACAAAACCUAUCGCAAAAUAGGCGUCAAACCAUUUUUUAGAUCACUUGGUUCACUAAUAUAUAUAUAUGUGAGGGAACUAACAAGAACUUAUUACAUUGAAGUUGAAUAUAGUGAUUGUCUGGUGUUAUAGUACCUUUUUAAAGGGACUAACCAACCUGAACAUAGCUUAAAUGGUUAAGACAUUGAUAUUCUCAGUCAAAAGGUCAUAUAUAUAAAUGUACUGUUAACUAGAAUAAGUGUGCUUUUCAAAGGGCCAUCAAGAACACGGCUUUGACACUUUUUCGAAGAUGAUCUCUAGAGUCGAGUGCCCGCCAUCUCAGACUGUGGGGCUACAAGAAACUUCCUUUAGACAUUUGGGCUAACUUUCAGUUGGAAGUAAGCCUUGUGGACAUAGUGCCAGUUAUCAGAUGUCUGGCAAAAGAACAGUACAGAAGAAACGGUUCAUACAAUUUAAAUGAAAUGAAUGCCAAAAUUUCCACUUGUUAGCAAAUGCUCAGAAAAAGAAUUUAGUAGACAUGGAAACAAUCUACUUGGUAUGAAUACCUUAGUCUAUCCUGAAAUUCCCAUGAAAGUACAGGCAUUCUCAUUUUGCAGUUCAAAGUCGCUAUCAACUCUCUCUUUUCUCCCACCACUGUCUUAAAAGCCUAUUGGGGGCUGUUGCUUUCUUUUGGAAUUGGCUGCGAAAAACAACAACAUUGUCAACAUCCUGAAGUUGUGGGAGAUUCUCUUGCAGUGUGUUCUAUUAUCAUUCAAGUAACAGACAAGAGUGGUUGGUUGAAUAAGAGAGCUCAUUAGUUGGUGUUCCCUUGGAUCUUUUCCUCUUUUUAUUUAUUUCUUUAUAUAUUUUAUUUUAUUUUUCUCUUUCUAGGCCUUUUGCUGAUUGCUUCGAACGUGUUUAUCACUAGCUUGAAUUUUUCUAGAAGAGUCUUCUCUUUCUUCCUUUUUGAAGAUAUCUUUUCCGGAAAGUGUUUAACUUUUGUCCUUUUGCCUUUUAAGGUUGAGUGGGACUCAUAUUUCUCAUAAUUUACACAUAGCAGAAUGCAAAAAUGAAAUGUUUUUAAAUCCUCUAUUUCUCAUGCACAUUUUUUUCUUUGUUUAAAAUGCUCUAUAGCUUGAUUUUAUGCCAAGGGAAUGAAAAAAUGUGGUAGAUAAUAGACCAAAAAUGAGAGAAACAUCUCUACUAUGACAUGAUUUCUUAAAAAGAGUACCCAAGAAACACUCACAAGGGCCGGUGGCGCUGUUUUGUCUACUGAAUUUCUUUUUCACAUUUUUCUUAUUGCCUACUCUCUCAAUUUCCAAUCUUUUGAAUUCAUGGAUACAUAUAUACAACCUAUCGAACAAACAGAUCUUGUUCAAGUGAUGUAGUGAAAGUUUUCCAAUCUGAUUGAGUCACCUUUCAGUUACUGCUCUAGUCUUUCAAAGCUCAGAGUAAAAAUAUGAAAGACUUCAUGAGAUAGUUCAGCAGUUUACACUAUCUAUUCUACUUUGCAUUGAAUUUUUUUUCCCCUUUACAUAGUUCGUUUAAUUCAAUCAUAGACUUGUGAUAUAAAAUGACUUUGAUGGAGGACCACACUCAUGUUAAAUGGUCCUCUAUUUCUUCCUCCUGCCACAUGUUAAAUAGACAGUUACAAUUCUCUUCUUGGAAGUAUUCAAAAUAUCUAAGGUUUUAGUAUUUUGAGACAUUGAACGGUUUUACUAUAAAUUCUGACCUUCUUCGUCUCAAAGAGUAUCACUUCCUCUACACCUUCAUUAAGUUUAAGUAGAGAGAGAAAGAAAAGUUGAAGGUGGAGAUGGCCAUUGGACAAUUCUCAUAUACUUACACAGAGGAUUACAUAGAAAUGGAUAUAAGUUCCUCUUCCAAUUUCUGUUAUUCUUUGAACUCUCCGCCUCAAGCAAGAGAGUUUGAGUUUCAAAUGAAUGCGGUCUCUCUUGAAAGAGAAACCACCAUUUCCCCAGCUGAUGAGCUUUUCUACAAGGGAAAGCUUCUUCCCCUUCAUCUCCCACCUCGCAUUCAAAUGGUUCAAAAGCUCAUCCAAAACAACUCCAAUGCUCACCAUGAAACUGAACCUCACUUUGGAGAAAACUUCCAAAUCUCCUUCAUCUCUAGCUCCUCUGCUUCCUCUGCUAAUGCAAGUAUUUACACCCCGCAUCAGUCCUUUAAUUUUUCGCCUGCCGAGUCUUGCAGGUUCAGUUUUGAGCUAAAACCUGUUGAGCAUUGGAUAAAUACUGAAAUGGGUGGCCACCAAAAGCUGAGACAGCAUAAGCAGUCCUCUUUAUUUCAGAAACUUAAGGCCUCACGAGCAUAUAUCUGGUCCCUUUUCAAUAAGUCUGCCUGUACAGAUGAAUCUUGUGCAAAAUUAGCAGAAAAUAGGCCAAAAAGAAAAGAAUUAAGCUUUAAAAAAGACCAUUUUACAGCUACAUUAGUUGACAAAAACAGAGUUAGAAACCAGAGGAGGACCUCAUUCUCUACAACUAAACCUUCUUGUCCAUCUUCACUAUCUUCUUCUGUUUCUUCUUCAUCGUCUUCUUCAUUUUCUUUGAGCUCGUCGAGUGGUAUGUUUGAUCCACAAAUACUCAAGAGAUGCAACAGCGCAAGUUCGGAGAUGGCGCGUUCUAUUGAAGGAGCUAUAGCUCACUGUAAGCAAUCUCAUUUUCUAUAAUCUCACUCAAGAAAUAUCUAAACCAAUGGUGAAGACUUGGGUUAAUACUUCUCGGCUCAGCAACAAUGACCAACCGAUGUCCAUACGGGAAAAAAAUGAUAAGGGAGAGACGUUGCGGAGGACGAAAGCUUUGAACUAUCUAGUUUGACUUCUGGAUGUAGUACUGGUGUCGCUUUUAUAGCUAGGAGUUGGUGUGAGUAAAGGCUCUUCAGUCCUGUCAGUCAGUACUACUAUGUUAAGUUACUGUAUUCAUUGUCAACUUCUUUGGCUGAUGUUGUUUGUCAUGAAUAUAAAUGAAUUGAUAUGUUAUUCUCUCAA